AUUAUGAUUUUCGGUCUCUUUUUUCAGCUGUCAGACAACACAAUGUAUAUUUCCUUACUUAUACCGCGAGGCUACGUACCUACGUAGUAACAUUGCUUUACGUUCGUGGUUUUCGAGAAGAAAAAAGCUCAAAUCUGUUCAUUAUUAUAAAAUCAAACGAGAAAAUGUUUGGUGGCAGUGUGCCCGCAGUGAUUCAAUCCAGGUGAAACACGCGCCGUGUAAGGAGAGUGUAAAACGUGGUGUGACGAGCACGAGCUUGCGGUUGCCGUAGUUUGUUAUCAAACAGCACUGGUCGAGGCCGCGACCGCGAGACCAUGGCGGAGGCGGCGCCUGGCAAUAUUGUGAAGGAAGGCUGGCUGCAGAAGCGGGGCGAACACAUCCGCAACUGGCGUGACCGUUACUUCAUCCUGUUUGACAAUGGUGAUCUGGUAGGAUUCAAGACGCAGCCGGAACGGAACAACUACCGCGAUCCCCUGAACAAGUUCACAGUACGGGACUGCCAGAUUAUGGCUGUAGACAAGCCGCGCCCCUACACCUUCACCAUCCGCGGCUUGCAGUGGACUACCGUCAUCGAGCGCAACUUCUCAGUGGACACUGAGAAAGAACGUGAGGAGUGGGUGGCGGCCAUCCGCUACGUGUCGUCGGCGCUGUCGGCGGGCGGGCCCAGCGCGGCGGCCGCGGGGCUGCCGGAGAGCGACGACCGCGACAUGGCGCAGCUCGGCACCAGCUUCCGCGACCCGCGCCGUAUUACCCUUGAGAAAUUCGAGUUCGUCAAGGUUCUAGGCAAGGGCACGUUCGGCAAGGUGGUGCUGAGUCGUGAGAAGGGCACGGGCAAACUGUACGCUAUGAAGAUUCUCAAGAAGAACCUCAUUAUCCAGAAGGACGAGGUGGCGCAUACCAUCACCGAGAACCGCGUGCUCAAGAAGACCAACCACCCUUUCCUCACGGCCUUGCGCUACUCGUUCCAGACGGCCGACCGCGUCUGCUUCGUCAUGGAGUACGCCAACGGCGGCGAGCUCUUCUUCCAUCUCUCGCGCGAGCGAUCCUUCUCCGAGGAACGCACGCGCUUCUACGGCGCGGAGAUAGUCUCCGCGCUCGGGUACCUCCACGCCGAGGGAAUCAUCUACCGCGACCUCAAGCUGGAGAACUUGUUGCUGGACAAGGACGGACACAUCAAGAUCGCGGACUUCGGCCUCUGCAAGGUCAGUCGCCGCCCGUGGGGUACGGGCGUGGUGAUGUACGAGAUGGCGUGCGGGCGCCUUCCGUUCUACAACCGCGACCACGACGUGUUGUUCUCGCUGAUCCUGAGCGAGGAGGUUCGGUUCCCGCGCGCGCUGUCUGCGUCGUGCCGCGCCCUGCUGGCGGGCCUGCUGACGAAGGAGCCCGCCAAUAGACUGGGCGCGGGUCCGGACGACGCGCACGAGAUCAUGAACCACCCGUUCUUCGCGUCCGUGAACUGGGCCGACCUGGUGGCCAAGAAAAUCCCGCCGCCCUUCAAGCCGCAGGUGGAGUCUGAGACGGACACUCGCUACUUCGACUCGGAGUUCACGGGCGAGUCCGUGGAGCUGACGCCGCCCGAGAACGAUUCCAGUCUGGCGCGCAUACAAGAGGAACAGUUCCCGCAGUUCUCGUACCAGGAUAUCUGCUCCUCCGCGCACUCCGCACUCUCGCACCACUCCGCGCUCGCUGACAAGCGCCAGUAGCGCGGGCCCCGCGGCCCCCGCGGACCCGUUGGGCCCCACGGACCCGGUGGGCCCCGCGGCCCGGCGGGCCCCGCAGCCUCGAGGGUCCCUGUGCGGCCCCGCAGUGCUCCACGUCGUGCUCUUCACUUCAUAGAUACGGAUUCAAAUAAUCGUUUUUAUAUUUGCUUCUCUGAGAUAAAAAGAUUCCUAUAUAUGUGACCGUGCUGAGAUCUGCUAUAGUAAGGCUACUUUCAGGAUUUACAUCAAAACUCAUCGCUCACUGAUACCAUUGUUCACUCUCUUUGGUAUUAAGAUAUUGGAACUAUGUGUAAUUAUAAUAUAGAAUGUUACUGUUACAGUUAAUAUUAAAAUAAUUUUGGGAUUUUGAUGAUAACUGAGAUUGCAUCACAACCACGUAAUGGUUGACGGCAUCAUUGCAUGGAGUGCACCAUUCGAUAAUGUAUGUUUUAUCCAAGAGUCUAUUUUUGUCUAACUCUGCUGACUGUUUCUAAGACAAAUUCCAAUCGAAAUGCACAAACUUAAUAUUUUGUAACAAUUAAAUAUUUUGUAGUUAGCUUCACAAUUGCUGCAUAAAAAUGAGUUGUUUCUCACAGUAUAUGAAUAAUAUUGUCUGUCAAUUAAAUUACUUACCUGACGGAUGGAUUGUAGGUGCAAUAAUUAUCUUAGUUAAUGUAUUGAAAUGAUGCAGUGUCAGCUAACGUCACGCUCAGCCCUGAAGUUCAUUUAGCAACUUACUUCACUUAGUUCCGGAUGUGAUCUUCCUUGGUCUGUUUAUCUAGAUUUGCUAAAUCCAGCCAUUAUAAAAUAAUAAAUAUAGAAAUUGCUCCAAACCGAGUGCAGGAUGUGGUGUGGCCAUACAGCCGUAUGUCGCAGCUCGCAGUCCGCGGCGAGCCAGCACGAGUCGGACCAGUCCCUCUACACUGGACGGACGUAAUGUCAUUUGUCGCUGACUGCCUGUUCACUACAAACUUCGUAUUUGUUUAACAAUAUUUCAUAUUUGCAUUUGCUUCCUUGUAUUUUAUCAUAAUCACGACUCGAUCACUGUCUGUGGUCGUAGCAGUUCGGAGCUUGUUAUUUCAGGAGGUAUAAAUAAAACAUUAGAUUACAGUAUUAAUAUUGUAUUCUGUGAAAACAAUACAAAUAGCUGAAAAAUUCGAACUGUCGUUGGUUUCUUGACAAAUAAUUAGCUAGAGACAGACGCAAGAGCAAGAGAAGUCCGCGCAGUGAGCCGGCCGUGGCUCGAGGCAGACUCGCCGCACCGGGGGCACAUUGUAUUUCCUUUUGUAUAUAUUAUUAAAGUUAGGAUUAAAGCGA